CGAAAUAGCGGAGAAAAUUUUUGAACAGACUUUAUUGUUUGUCUCUGAGGAGAAACUAAUAUCAAAUCAUACUGUGUAUUUACUAAGUGAUGGAAAUCAGAUGUUGAUUCUCAGCAACUCCAAAGAAUUUUCAGAUAAUUUUAACCAUGAUGAGAAAUUUUGAGAGACGUCGCCCAGCUAUAGUCCCGCCCUCAGACAUCAAUAUGAUGACGAUGAGAUAAAGUAAUCAGCCAUUGAACAGAUCCUCACUCUCAUUUACAUGAUACAGCAGCUGAUAACUCUACUCACAAAGAGGACGGGCAAGAUUCCAAAGGAGGUUUUUAAUAAGAUUUCAAACAAUGAUAUGGAUUACUAGUACUUAAUGGGGAGAUUUCUGGGAGAUUUAUGACAGUUCAUCCCUGAAACCAUUCCUUUUCAGCAAACAUGCAUGGACACGUGCACCUAUGUCUCCGGGAGAUGGUGAUAGAGCAGUAUGGAAGGGAAGCCUGGGAUGCCAUUUUAACUGAAGCCUCACUUGAUGAUGAUAAUGAUUUUAUGUUGUUUCAUUACUAUGACGACAAGAGAACAAUAAGUUUGGUCGUAGCUAUCUCCAAUAUUACCGGUCUGGAUGUGAGUGGUGUGUUAGAGUCGUAUGGACAUUAUUUUUAUUUUUACGCCACCAGUCGGGGGUAUGACCGGAUGUUACGGACUCUCGGGAAGGAUUUCCAUACAUUUGUACAGAAUCUAGACCUUCUGCACUCUCUGCUAGCUCUCACAUACAAAGGCAUGCGCCCUCCCCACUUCCGGUGUGAGAAGAAAGACGGGAAACUGCUCGUUCACGUUUUCACCGUGCGUCCUGGAAUGUAUCCGGCCGCCAUUGGGAUGUUGACGGAAGUCGCUCGCCAGAUUUUUGACACCCGUAUCAACAUGUCUGUUGUCACAAGGAAAACAGGGGAAAUAUUUAAACAGAAAUAUUGUGAACACGUGAUAACAGAGGUCAAGGUCUUAGAAGAACAGAAGAUGGCAGCCAUUACAGGAGAGGACCAACUUAUGACUAACCACGUGCAAAGCAAACUUCAGCAACUUGCGCAUGCCCGAGAAAAUUAUGUUGUUGCUGUUCCUGAAUUAAGUCUGAAUACAGCCUUGCCUUUCAGUGUUGUUUUUGAUAAAAAUAUGUUCAUUCAGAGUGCAGGACUUCACCUAAAGACUCUUUGUCCCGAAAUUCAACAAGAACAAUCAAAAAUUAAUAACAUCUUUGACAUUAAGGAACCGGAAGUGAAAUUUGAAUAUAACGCCAUCAUGAGUUGUAACAGUUCGUACAUGUAUUUUUUUCUACAACCAAAAGUCAAGAAUCGUAACGGAACACCACCCAAAUCAGACUGUCCUAUUUUAAGAGGUCACAUGGUACCCCUGGAGGACAAAGAGGAGAUUAUGUUUAUAGGGAGUCCACACUUUGACAGCCUGGGCGACCUGAUUUCUUCCAGCAGCUACCUCAAAAACAUCCCCCAGGACAAUAUGACCAUGGAGAUCAUGUUCAUGAACGAACAAAGACGAGCUGACGUCGAAAUGAGUAAGAAACUUGACGAAACGACCGCAGCAAUGAAGAAAUUGGCGGCUGCUUUAGAUCAAGAGAAAAAGAAAACCGACACCUUGUUGUAUCAGAUGCUUCCGGUUAAAGUAGCCAAUCAGCUGAGAGAUGGCGGGAACGUGCAAGCAGAAAAGCAUGAGAACGUAACUAUCCUAUUUAGUGAUAUCGUUACCUUCACAAACAUGGCGGCGUUGUGUCAUCCAAUGGAUAUCGUGGAACUUCUUAAUGAUUUGUUCCAACGCUUUGACGAGUUAACAACAAAACACGACAUAUAUAAAGUAGAAACAAUCGGAGAUGCUUACAUGGUAGUGUCAGGAGUACCAGAAGCUACAGACGAUCACGCUAUCAGGAUAGCCAACAUGGGCCUCGAUAUGAUUCAACAAACUAGUCACGUGAUCAACCCUGUGACUAAUAAGUCUAUACAGAUUCGCGUGGGAAUACACACUGGGCCUGUAGUGUCAGGAGUUGUCGGGACUAAGAUGCCCAGGUAUUGUUUGUUUGGCGACACCGUGAACACUGCUUCGCGCAUGGAAAGUCACGGACUUCCGGGGCGCGUUCACAUCAGUAAUACUACACAUAGUGAAAUUCGGGAGGUGGGCUACAUCUUAGAGAGACGCGGUGGCCUUGACGUAAAAGGAAAGGGUAUCAUGGAUACAUACUUUAUUAAUGGCGUGUCUGACAAUUUUGAUGCAAGUAGAAAAUCCCAAACACAGCAAGAAGAACACAGGGAGCAUGAGCGAAUUCAAAUCAAACGGAUCUCACCGACACCAGAGAAGAGGCCGAGCCCGACCUCUGGGAGUAACUCCUCUUUCUGUUCUGUUAUGUGAUCAGCCUUAGGGCCGAUAGCGUCUUUGAUUUUAAUUUAUAUUAUUUGUUGUCAUUGUUUACAGUCUUUAUUUAUGUUUUACACGUGUUAAAUUAUUACAAGGUUUUUUUAACAUUCCUGAAUUCAAUGAGAUUGUCUUUAUAGAUACUGUAUUAAGUUAAGUUAUUCAUUUUCCUCUCAUCUCACACAUUUAACCUUGUAAGUUUUAUUUCAUUCUAUUAAAAUUGUCA